AUGUCCUACUCACACGUCGGUGCCCCGGUGCCCUUCAAUGGCACGGACGAAGUCCACGGAGGAGACUCUUACACCGAGAACCUCAACCAGUGGUACCAGGCCGGUGACCAGGCCUACAUCAUCAUCUGCUCCUGCCUGGUCCUGAUGAUGAUUCCCGGCAUCGCCUUUCUCUACUCCGGCCUCGCCCGCCGCAAGUCCGCCCUGUCCAUGCUCUGGACCGUCAUGAUGUCCUUCUCCGUCGUCGUCUUCCAGUGGUACUUUUGGGGCUACUCGCUCGCCUUCAGCCCGACCUCCGGCAACCCCUUUAUCGGCGACCUGCGCAACUUUGGCCUCAUGAAGGUCUGGGCCGCCCCCUCGCAGGGCAGCCCCCUCAUCCCCGAGCUGCUCUACUCCUUCUACCAGAUGAUGUUCUGCGGCGUCACCGCCGCCCUGACCAUUGGCGCCGUCGCCGAGCGCGGCCGCGUCAUCCCCGCCAUGGUCUUUGUCUUUUGCUGGGCGACCCUCGUCUACUGCCCCCUCGCCUACUGGGUCUGGAACGGCAACGGCUGGGGCUUCCAGAACGGCGUCCUCGACUACGCCGGCGGCGUCCCCGUCGAGAUCGGCUCUGGCAUGUCCGCCCUCGCCUACUCCUGGGUCCUCGGCCGCCGCAACGAGAAGAUGAUGAUGAACUUUCGCCCCCACAACAUCUCUCUCAUCACCCUCGGCACCGUUUUUCUGUAUGUCGGCUGGAUGGGCUUCAACGGCGGCUCCGCCUUUGGCGCCAACCUCCGUGCCGUCAUGGCCAGCUGGAACUCGUGCCUCACCGCCAUGUUCGCCGCCAUGACCUGGUGCCUCCUCGACUACCGCCUUGCCAAGAAGUGGUCCAUGGUCGGAUGGUGCUCCGGCACCAUCUCCGGUCUCGUGGCCGCCACGCCCGCCUCCGGCUUCAUCGACCCCUGGGCCUCCAUCAUCCUGGGCGUCGUCGCGGGCGUCGCCUGCAACUUUGGCACUAAGAUCAAGUUCCUCAUCGGCAUCGAUGACUCGCUCGAUGUCUUUGCCGAGCACGGCAUCGGUGGCAUUGUCGGACUCCUCUUCAACGCCUUCUUCGCCACCGGCGGCAUCAUUGGCCUCGACGGCGUCAACACGGGCACUCCCGGUGGCUUCAUGGACGGCAACUACGUCGUCAUUGGCUGGCAGAUUGCCGCCAUUGUCGCCUCGUCCGCCUAUACAUUUGUCAUGUCCGCCGCCAUCGCUAAGAUCAUCGACUUGAUCCCCGGCCUCAAGCUGCGCGCCUCAGAGGAGGCCGAGCUCCUCGGCAUGGACGACGACCAGCACGGCGAGUUCUCGUACGACUACGUCGAGGUCCGCAGGGACUUCCUCGCCUGGAGCCCCCAGCGCGGCGAGCCCGCCCAGGACGGUGACGUCCUCGAGCCCCAGCACGGCAUCCGCGAGCACGCCCAGAUGUCGUCGCCGCCCAGCAGUGCCGGGCACGACGAGAAGGCCCACCAGCCCCAGGCUGCUACUGCCACUGCUGCUGCUGGCCAGGAGCCGUCCGAGCUCGAGCCCGCCGCGGCCGCGCCCACGAACGAGAAGAGCGCUUGA